CUUCUCUAGUUGCUUGCUCGCACCCAUCGGAUGCACUAAUUUCCCCCCGCCAGUUUACCUGUGCCAGUUGUGCCAGCUAUGGUGUCCAUCGCACGAUCUUCAAAGUUCAGGGUGGUCGCAAAAUACCUCUCCAUGCCUUGCGUACCUUGAAGGAGCAGAAAGGGUCUUUUGGAGCGCCCCCGGACUGUGAAGGAUUGGUAAUAGUCUCAAGCGACCCCUCAGUCUAGUGCCCAAGCCAACAGAAAGAAGAGUUCGUCAAGCAGAGCUGCCCCACCGUCCAGCAUCGACGAAUGGGGAGAACCAGUAAUCUGCAGGAAGAGAUGGAUGUGCCGGGCCAGCCAGACAAAAGUGCAGACGUAGAGGCCAAUAAGCUGCAAAAGAAAAUGAAACGCAAGCUCAAGAAGGAGCAAAGAGGACAAGAGGCAUCGGAGCAAGCAGAAGAGCGCUUGGACACACGUGCAGUUGGAGCUGAUCAAAGCAAAGACAGUUCGGAGGGGCCAGAGGGUCCAAGCCCAUCAGGCGGCGGAGAAGCGAGCGCAUUUGAAGAUGCUGGUGAUGAGAAUGAAGAUGAGAAAGACGAACAAGCUGAGGGGGUGAGACAGGGAGAAAAGCGGGUUCGGAGAGCUGGAAGCAAGAAAUUGUCGAAGGAGAAGUUAGAGAAGUUGAAAGAAAAGUAUCGGAAGCGGGGGGUGGUGUAUGUGAGCAGGAUACCCCCACAUCUGAAACCGCUCAAAUUGCGGCACAUGCUGGAGCCUUUUGGAGAGGUUUUGAGAAUUUACCUGGCGCCGGAAGAUACGGCGAUUCGAGCCAGGAGAAAGCGGGCGGGGGGCGACAGCGGGAAGAAUUUCACUGAAGGGUGGGUGGAGUUUGCCAAGAAGGGCGUGGCUAAGCGUGUGGCGGAGAUGCUCAACGGGCAGCCCAUGGGGGGGCCCAAGCGGUCCGCGUACCACUACGACCUGUGGAACCUCAAGUACCUGCACAAGUUCAAGUGGGACAACCUCACUGAAGAGAUUGCUUAUAGAAACGCCGUCAGGGAGCAACGACUGGCAGCCGAGAUCUCGAGUGCCAAGCGCGAGCGGGACUUUUACUUGGCCAAGGUCGACCAGUCGCGCGCAUUCUCAGCAAUGGACGAACGAAGGAAAAAGCGGAAGAUUGAGGCAACUACUAGUACGCCAGGGGAAGACACGGCGGCUGCCGCAACAAGCGAAGGGGCCGUCAAAGUCAGGCGGCGCUUCCCUCAGCGGUCGGCAGUUGCGGCCCUUGAGGAAGAGCCUCGGCCACUGCUAUCAAGCAGCAUAUUGUCCAAGGUCUUCAGCGGCAACUCGUAGCGUAGCUGGAACACUCACCGCCGUUUUUGCCAAGAACGGUGAAGGGGGGGUGAAGGAGUCUGCAAUGACGUCGUCAAGCAGAAUCAUGACGUCUUCAAGCAGAGUCAAAGUUCGUACACAGGUUCAACGGUUGGCAGGGCAUGACGCUAAAAUGUCCAUUGAGCUCCAUUGUAUCUCGGCAAUCAAAGAAUGCUUCGAACGAAUGCAGAGUCGUUCCGUUCCUCUUCAGCGAGAUGGAGAACUCAUGGCGAUCACAUGGACACUUCAUGGGGAUCUGAG